AUGUCAACGUCUCAAGAGACGCAGAGUGGGAACGGGCUGCAGCAGGACAGAGGAGACAGUGGCCGUUGUCUCUGUAGUGCCGUCACUUUCAACGUGACUGGCCCGCCAAUCUAUAACGUCAUCUGCCACUGUGUCAAUUGCAAGGGCAUGUGGUUCCGGGUCAAUAGGAGGCUGACUCUGAUAUCCAACUAUGGAAGACGACAAGGAGGGAGCAUGUUCCAUACGGCAAGCAUUUUCUUGAAGAGCCAAUACACUCUACACACGGGAUCAGAGAGCAUCACGAUAUACGACGACCACGAGACACAGUCGGGCGUGUCUCUGCGCCGCGGAUUCUGCAAGGUCUGCGGCUCCAAGAUAUCGGCCCUCACGCCCCUGAAUGAAAAUAUCAUCAGCGUGCCCGCGGGCAUUCUUGAACGAGCGGGCCUCGAUUGGUCACCUCAGAAGGAACAAUUCUGUAGUUUUAAAGCUAGGUGGAUACCGGAGUUCGGGAAGGAUCUGGUCGCGCAGAGAUUUGUGAAGGGGCCUUUUGGCGAAGAGGUUAUUGAGGGCGAGGGGGAGCUGAAAUAG